UUUUGGCAAGCCGGCAGAUCGAAAAAAAAAGUCACUCUGCAAACAUCGAACGCAAAAAAACCGGAAAAGUUCAAGAAACUCAACCUAAGGACCGAAAGUAAAGGAAUUUGCAAGCAAGAAGAGGUCAUUCAACCUAACCUAACAGGAAAUUGCAAACAUUUUGGCAUUUAACUGAAAGAAAAAGAAAAAACUCAAGAUGUCGCUGUCUACACUCCUUUCGCUGGUGGAGGAUCUGCAGGAGCCGCGCAACUCCAUCUACGACUGGGGCAUUGGCCCCAACACCCUUUACCUGCAGCCGCACACUCCCAACCGGCGCUCGAUUAACGGUUGCCCCUGCGCCUCGCCCAUCUGCCCCUCCUCGCCCGCCGGCCAGGUGCUGGCCCUGCGCCGGGAGAUGAAGAACCAAAACAACAUCCACUGGCCGGCCAUCAAGCAGGUGGGCAAGGACGGAUUCCAGGUCUGCAUGGACGUGGCCCAGUUCAAGCCCUCCGAGCUGAACGUCAAGGUGGUGGACAACUCUAUACUCGUCGAGGGCAAGCACGAGGAGCGCCAGGAUGAUCAUGGCCACAUCAUGCGCCAUUUUGUUCGCCGCUACACCGUUCCCGAGGGCUACGAGGCGGACAAGGUCGUCUCGCAGCUAUCUUCCGAUGGCGUGCUGACCGUCAGCAUCCCCAAGCCGCAGGCCAUCGAGGACAAGUCCAAGGAGCGCAUCAUCCAGAUCCAGCAGGUGGGACCUGCUCAUCUCAACAUCAAGGCCAAUGCCAGUGAGCAGAAGGAGAAGGAGAAGGGUAGCGAGAAUGGAACCAGCAAUGGCAGCUCCAAGUAGAGAUUCCAUUACCUGAACUAUAGUUCCUGAAAAAUCAUCCCAUUCCCAUUUCCAUAUCCUAUUUAUUAUAUUGCAUUUGUAACGAGCCAAGACUUGAGAAAUAAUUUAAAAAUAUAGCCAACACCUGGUGUGAAAACUUAA